AGUGUCCCCGCCAGCUUGAGGCCGCCGCGGCCCGCUUGGGCAAAGGGGCCGGUGUCCCCCCAACUCCCCACAAGAAACUCUGGAGCCCCAGGACCAUGGAUCCUCUCAGUAGGAACCAGCUAGGCCCUGGAUGCAAGCCCCAGGCUGUGGUACAGAAAGGGCCGUUGGAUCUGAUUGAGACGGGUCAGGGACUGAAGGUACAGACGGACAAACCUCACCUAGUGAGCCUGGGCAGCGGGAGACUCAGCACAGCCAUCACUCUCCUGCCGCUGGAGGAAGGGAGGACAGUGAUUGGUUCCGCAGCCAGGGACAUCUCACUGCAGGGUCCAGGCCUGGCCCCAGAGCACUGCUACAUUGAGAAUCUGAGGGGCACUCUCACCCUGUACCCCUGUGGCAAUGCCUGCACGAUUGAUGGGCUCCCUGUUCGGCAGCCCACCCGGCUCACUCAGGGCUGCAUGUUGUGUCUGGGUCAGUCCACCUUCCUGCGUUUUAACCACCCAGCUGAAGCCAAGUGGAUAAAGAGUAUGAUUCCAGCAGGGGCCCGGGCCCCGGGGUCCACCUAUAACCCUGCCUCUGCUGAAUCAGAGAGCCUGGUCAAUGGGAACCACACGGCACAGCCUGCAACCCGGGCACCUUCAGCCUGUGCCAGCCACAGUUCCCUGGUGAGCUCUAUUGAGAAGGACCUGCAGGAAAUCAUGGACUCGCUGGUGCUAGAGGACCCAGGAGCUGCAGGCAAGAAGCCUGCAGCCACAUCCCCGUUGUCGCCAAUGGCUAACGGUGGGCGCUACCUGUUGUCCCCUCCAACCAGCCCCGGCGCCAUGUCUGUGGGCUCCAGCUAUGAGAACACCUCUCCAGCCUUCUCUCCACUUUCCUCACCAGCCAGCAGCGGAAGCUGUGCCAGCCACUCACCAAGCGGGCAGGAGCCAGGCCCUUCUGUGCCCCCACUGGUGCCUGCCCGUUCCUCCAGCUACCAUUUGGCUCUGCAACCUCCACAGUCUCGCCCAAGUGGUCCCCGGUCCUCUGAAAGUCCCCGGCUUGGCAGAAAAGGGGGUCAUGAGAGACCACCCAGCCCCGGUCUCCGUGGUCUUCUGACUGACAGUCCUGCAGCUACAGUCUUGGCUGAGGCUUGCAGAACCACCGAGAGUCCCAGGCUAGGUGGGCAGUUGCCUGUGGUGGCUAUCAGCCUGAGUGAAUAUCCAUCUUCCGGUGCUCGCAGCCAACCCACCAGUAUUCCUGGAAGCCCCAAGUUCCAGUCUCCGGUGCCCGCUCCCCGAAACAAGAUGGGCACACUCCACGACCGCCCUCCCAGUCCUUUCCGUGAGCCCCCAGGCACAGAGCGAGUACUGACAACCAGCCCCUCUCGACAGCUGGUGGGCAGAACAUUUUCAGAUGGGUCAGCAGCUCGUACCCUCCAGCCACCUGAGAGUCCCCGCCUGGGCCGGCGGGGCCUGGACAGUAUGCGGGAACUGCCUCCACUGAGUCCAUCUCUGUCUCGAAGGGCUCUGUCCCCACUGCCAGCCCGGACUGCUCCAGAUCCCAAGCUAAGCAGGGAAGUGGCUGAGAGCCCCCGGCCCCGGCGCUGGGCAGCCCAUGGAACUUCACCUGAGGACUUCUCCCUGACUCUAGGAACACGGGGCCGCAGGACUCGGAGUCCCUCGCCCACACUCGGGGAGUCCCUGGCACCUCGAAAGGGCAGCUUCAGCGGCAGGCUGAGCCCAGCCUACAGUCUGGGCUCUCUCACUGGGGCCUCACCUCGUCAGAGCCCCCGUGCUCAGAGGAAGCUUUCCAGUGGGGACUUGCGGGUGCCUAUCCCAAGGGAGAGGAAAAAUAGCAUCACGGAGAUCAGCGGCAAUGAGGAUGAUCUCCUGGAAUACCACCGACGGCAGCGCCAAGAGAGGCUCCGGGAGCAGGAGAUGGAGAGGCUGGAGCGCCAGCGCCUGGAGACCAUCCUGAACCUGUGUGCUGAGUACAGCCGAGCUGACGGGGGACCCGAGGCUGGGGAACUGCCCAGUAUUGGAGAGGCCACGGCAGCGCUGGCGUUGGCAGGCAGGAGGCCCUCAAGAGGCUUGGCAGGAGCCAUCGUAGUCUCUGGGAGGAGUGGCGAGGAGUCUGGAGGUGCCUCCCAGCGCCUGUGGGAGAGCAUGGAGCGCUCUGAUGAAGAGAAUCUCAAAGAGGAGUGCAGCAGCACUGAGAGCACCCAGCAGGAGCAUGAAGAUGCUCCUGGUGCGAAGCUCCACGGAGAGGUGCUGGCUGUGGAAGAGGAGCGGGCUCAGGUUCUGGGGCGUGUGGAGCAGCUGAAGGCCCGAGUGAAGGAGCUGGAACAGCAGCUGCAGGAGGCAGCCCGAGAGGCUGAAAUGGAGAGGGCACUGCUGCAGGGGGAGAGGGAGGCGGAGCGAGCACUGCUGCAGAAGGAGCAAAGGGCCUUGGAGCAGCUGCAGGAGAAGUUGGUGGCCUUGGAGACAGGCAUCCAGAAGGAGAGGGACAAGGAGGCAGACGCUCUAGAGACUGAGACGAAGCUCUUUGAGGACCUGGAGUUCCAGCAGCUGGAGCGGGAGAGUCGCGUGGAGGAGGAGCGGGAGCUGGCCAGCCAAGGGCUGCUCAGGAGCAAGGCUGAGUUGCUGCGUAGCGUGAGCAAGAGAAAGGAGCGCCUAGCUGUACUGGACAGUCAGGCUGGGCAGAUCCGGGCUCAAGCAGUGCAGGAAUCAGAGCGUCUGGCCCGGGAAAAGAAUGCUGCCCUGCAGCUACUGCAAAAGGAGAAGGAGAGGCUGACUGUGCUUGAAAGGAGAUAUCAUUCGCUCACGGGUGGCAGGCCUUUCCCGAAGACCACCUCCACCCUGAAAGAGAUGGAGAAGCUGUUGCUCCCUGCUGUAGACUUAGAGCAGUGGUACCAGGAGUUGAUGGCCGGGCUGGGGACUGGCCUUGCUGCAGCCUCCCCUCGCUCCUCUCCCCCGCCUCUGCCUGCCAAAGCUUCCCGUCAGCUGCAGGUUUACCGCUCCAAAAUGGAUGGUGAUCCGGCCAGCUCCCUGCCCAGGGCCCGCAGCGGCCCUCUCCCCUCUUCCUCAGGCUCCUCAUCCUCUUCUUCACAGCUCAGCGUGGCUACCCUGGGCCGUAGUCCUUCCCCAAAGAGUGCUCUGCUCGCCCAGAAUGGCACCAGUAGCCUUCCUCGCAACCUGGCAGCCACGCUGCAGGACAUUGAGACCAAGCGCCAGCUGGCCCUACAGCAAAAGGGGCACCAAGUGAUCGAGGAGCAAAGGCGGCGACUGGCCGAGCUGAAGCAGAAGGCAGCAGCCGAGGCUCAGUGCCAGUGGGACGCCUUGCAUGGUGCGGCUCCCUUUCCUGCCGGUCCCCCUGGCUUCCCCGCACUCAUGCACCAUUCCAUCCUGCACCACCUGCCGGCCGGCAGGGAGCGUGGAGAGGAGGGCGAACACGCUUACGACACCCUGAGCCUGGAGAGUUCAGACAGCAUGGAGACCAGCAUCUCCACAGGGGCUAAUUCAGCCUGCUCCCCUGACAACAUGUCCAGCGCCAGCGGUCUGGACAUGGGCAAGAUCGAGGAGAUGGAGAAGAUGCUAAAGGAAGCUCACGCAGAGAAGAACCGGCUCAUGGAGUCCAGGGAGCGGGAGAUGGAGCUGAGGAGGCAGGCCCUGGAGGAGGAACGGCGGAGGCGGGAACAAGUGGAGCGGAGGCUGCAGAGCGAGAGCGCCCGUAGGCAGCAGCUGGUGGAGAAAGAAGUCAAGCUCCGGGAGAAGCAGUUCUCCCAGGCACGACCUCUUACACGCUAUCUUCCCAACCGGAAGGAAGACUUUGAUUUGAAGACCCACAUAGAGUCAUCAGGCCAUGGGGUGGACACCUGUCUACAUGUGGUACUUAGCAGCAAGGUCUGCCGUGGCUACCUGAUCAAGAUGGGUGGCAAGAUUAAAUCGUGGAAGAAGCGCUGGUUUGUCUUUGAUCGGCUGAAGCGCACCCUUUCCUAUUACGUGGACAAACAUGAGACGAAGCUGAAGGGGGUCAUCUACUUCCAGGCCAUUGAAGAAGUGUACUACGACCACCUGCGCAGUGCAGCCAAGAGUCCAAAUCCGGCCCUCACCUUCUGUGUGAAGACCCACGACCGGCUGUACUACAUGGUAGCCCCAUCUGCAGAGGCCAUGCGUAUCUGGAUGGAUGUCAUUGUCACGGGAGCUGAGGGCUACACUCAAUUCAUGAACUAACUACCAGGCACCUCCUGGGUUCCCCAGGUCAGCCCCAGGACUCUAUGCCCUGCCACUUGCUGCUCUGCUUGUCCCUGGAGACAGUGGCACAUUGGACACGGGGCCUCAAAGGUUCAGGAUGUAGUUGAGUACCCCAGGGCUCUUGUGCAAGAAGACAAAUUGUUUUAUGAGGAGUUUGGUGCUUGGGAAUCGGGCUUCGGUCCCUAAGGAGCCAACAGAGAGGAAAGGAAGUUGCCUCCUGGGUCCAGCAGACUGAAGAAGUGUACCCGAGCUGCACUCUCAGCUCUGUCCUGGCCCCCACGCACCCUAGCUUGUUUUCUCUCGUAAAGGACAAAUUAUGGUACUGGAAUCUGCCAAAGAUCCUCUUGUCAUCUCAUCCCCUCUGCAGGGACCUGGGGGGGGGGGUCCUGAGCAGAGCGUGUGUAGAGCAGGUCAGGCCUGCACUCCCCUGCCCCUGGUCUGCCUCCUCCUCCUCUCACCUCCCACUUUCCACUACUCAGCUCAAGGACCAGAGACCUCAAGUGUCAUUCUCGAGGUCCAGCCCCAUCAUCUUUGUCUCCAUGGUGACUGCUUCCUCACCAUGGUUACACACUAAUUGCCAUGGCCAUUCUGUGGCUCUGCCCACUGCUUCAGCUGUGGGCCACAUGAGGGUAUGUGCCAUCAUCUCUCCAGCCCAGGCCUGGGGGCAUGUCACAUGGUGGGGGAAGAUGGAAUUCCUCCCUGCUGCAGUGUGUCUCCAGCCCCCAGCCCAGCCCUCUCCCUUUUACUGUGCCUUGCUUAGAGCCAGAAGGGAUGAUGUCCGGGGAUCCGAGACCAGAGGAACAGCAUCACUGAGGGGAGAGGAAGCUAAGAGGCCCGCCCUCCCAUUCUGACAGGACUAGUUCUCAGUAAGGAACAAGGGUAACUCAGAGUGCCUGAAAAGAAGCCGGAGUUGGGGGUGGGGCGGGAAGAAGCAGAGGCCCUGGACUGUGGUAACCUCCCUUCAGUUUCAGGAGAAUGGGAGGAUCUAGUCUCCAGCUGGCUGGUCUCAGCCUUACGCCUUAACACUAAGCCACCUUCCCUGCCCUCCCCAGCACUGGGCCUUUGGUUGCUGGGCCUGGCUGGGUGUUUUGCAGUAUUUGUAAGCAUUUCAGCAGAACAAUAAAAGCAUUUUGACUAUGUA